UUUUCGUAGAAAUAGAAAAUAGAAAGAAACAGCUACGAGAGAGAGAGGCGUGCGAGCCGUUAUCUACAAGUCUGUCGUUCGAAACCACCCAUACAAAUAACGCAGCUAAGUUGAACGAGAGAGAGAGACAGAGAGAGAGACAGAGAGAGAGAGAUGCCGACCUUGAAUCUGUUCACGAACCUGCCAGUGGAUGCAGUGGUGGCCUCUGACAUCCUCAAGGACGCCACCAAAGCUGUUGCCAAGAUCAUUGGCAAACCCGAGUCUUAUGUGAUGAUUUUGCUGAAUGGGGGAGUGCCUAUAGCAUUUGCGGGCACUGAAGAGCCAGCCGCAUAUGGAGAACUGAUAUCCAUUGGGGGUCUUGGACCAAGUGUGAAUGGAAAAUUGAGUUCAACAAUUGCAGAGAUUCUCCAGACUAAGCUAUCUAUAGACAGCUCCCGCUUCUAUAUCAAAUUUUAUGAUGUUCAGCGAUCCUUCUUUGGGUUCAACGGCUCAACUUUUUGAGCAGCAUUCCGGAUUGGUAAUGGAUCCAUGGAAAUCAUAAGGCAGGGCAGAAGCUUGUGAUGAACCAUUCUUGUCAGUUGUAACUUUCUUUAGAGCAGAAAGAACCAAUGUAUUUGAUUAUAAUGAAAUAAAUACAAAUACUUUUUUUUUAUUU